AUGUCCACAUCAUUUUACCAACCUGUUGUCAAAAGGUCCAAGUCAUUUGGUUUCUCGCCGCAGCGUUUGAUGGAUAGUUUUCUUCAAGCAAUGAGGGAAAUCAUUGAAAACAAAGCAAGGCCCAUCAUUGACAAGCCUAGUAAAUUGGAUGCACUCAAGAAGACGUUACUCUCGGUGAAGAAGUUCCCCCUAGGUGUCAUGACUACUUCUGAAAAGAUCUGUCAAUGUGCCAAAGAUGAAUUGAAAAAUCAUCUUGAACACCUGCCUCAGGCCACUACGUCUACAUUCACUGGUGAAAGUGCAUCCAUCCCAGUUAUACCGGUUAUUGCUCCUUCUGACUCUGUAGCGUUCCUUCGCCGCGACCUCUCUGGCAUGGACAUGGUAUCCGACAUGUCUUCUGUGUCUGGCGCUCCUUCACGUGCAGCAAUGUCUUCAAUCUCGCAUAAUCCAUUUGAUAAAUCCAUGGUUGAAGCUCCCCAAGACAAUGAUGUGCCUUCCGAUCUUGUCGAGUCAUUUUUGCAGAAGCUAAAUACUGCAUUGCAUGAUGUAUCUGAUUAUGUUAUGGACUUGCAAUUGGUGGUAUACACAUUGAUGCUCUCAAUGAAGUCCUCGCAGCUCGUAACUCGUAGUGGUAAUAUUCAGCUGAAGAAAGCUCAUGGUUUCCAAACACAAGACAUCCUCCCAGCAGGCUACAAUAUGAAAACUAAUGUCACUACCUUUGCUCCUCCAUUUCCCUCUAAUGCCUUGAAGUCUACGGCUUUUUGCAAUGGCGUUAAGGAUUUUUUCCAGAGCAGACACAUUGAUUACCUGCAUACUGCUUUGUUUGGCCAAGAGCUACUGGAGAUUCUUCUUCGCGUGCAUCUCGCUCCAAAACGAGAGUCGCAUUACUGGGAGCUUCAACAGACCAAAGCAAAGAAGCAAUCCAAGCAAGUUGUUAAGUCGAUCAGAAACUCAUUUCAUAACACCAUCCGAUCAGAGAAGUACAAACUUCAAAGAUAUCAAAGAAAGGCACAGGGCAAACCAGAAGACAACAACUGGGCGAAGCUGGCCAGAAAUAGUCAAGAGCGCAUAACUCACAUGUACGCUGAUGCCAAGCGUCCUGUCAAGUCUGUUUCUACUUCUGGUACUACAUCUGAUCAAGCUGCUGUAUCUGCUUCUGGCUCAGGUUCUUUUACUACAGGUGUAUCUAUUCCUACUGCUCCCUCUGGCACUUCUGACGCUGUUACUGCCUCCAAUGCUAGCUUUGAUCUUGAUAGUGCUGAUAUGCCUAUUGACGAACUGCUCCCUAUUUCUGAACUGAUUGAUGAAAAAGACGACCAAGAAGAAGAGGAAGGCACCCGUGAUCUGCCUAGAAGACGAAUUAUGAUUCUCAAAGCUACUCCGAGAAACCUCUUGGCGAGGCAAGCUGGAAAGUCUAUUACCCAUACACAGCUCAAGAAGGAACGUCCCGAUAUCACGGAAGAAGAGAAUCGCGUGUGCAUGCUUCUGGGAAACUUACUGCUGCCUUAUAUACCCACUAGAGAUCAUUAUAGCUACAUUGGCUUCCAGCUGCCAUUCUGCCUGGCCUUACCUCUGUCCGUAUUUUGGGGUCACUUUAUACUACACCCGCUCUCUUUUUAUAUUUAUUUAAAUACUUUUUAUGAGUUUAUAUAA